AUGAUGGACCGACUCAUUGAUCCGCUCUGCCAAUUGGCCGCCAACCCCACGGCGCAGUCGCUCACUCUGGGGUUCAGUGCGGCUAUUCUGGGAAUAAUCACCACGAUGGUCACUUCGAGCAAGGACCAGUUUCGUGGAAUCGAUCUUUUACAGGAGCUCAUAGACAUUGAGAACGCAAACAAGAGCCAGACGCUGGCUAACUCGAAAUACGAAGAGAUGCUCGAGGUGUUUAGCGUGGUGCUCGCUUUGGGAGCACUUUUGUUCGCCGUGCUCUUUGUUCUGGUUGGCGUGCUGUUUUGGCGGUUUGGAGCACAAAAACGGCUUCUGAGCGAGUUUCAGACCGAGAUGGCAGACCUGAAGGCCACUCUGAACCAUUUCAUGGCCAAGGAGGAUGAACUCUUCUACAACAUUUCUGUUCGGUUGCAACAGGAAAGCGAUACCCUGCACACGGAUCUCAACACGGCGGUGAAGAACGGCAUGCUGCAGGUCGAGGACUUGGUGGCAAAGUUCCAGACAAAGAUCAAGGCCUGUCGCCAAAACAUCAAGAACGAGCUGCACAAGUUCGACACCAUCAAGGAGGUUUCUGAAAAGACGGAGCAGAACCUCAACAAGUUCGAGUCUUCUCUGUCAACCUACACCGCGAGAAUGCAGCAGCUUGAGCACCAGUCCGCGAAUCUCAAGAAGACGGUCGAUCAGUAUGUCUCACAGGUGGAUAUCAAGGCAGAGCUGAUGGACAAGGAGUACGAGCUCGCCAAGAUCCAGAUGUGCAAAUGCAACCUUAUGCUCACGAACUCGCAGAUUUUGCUGGAGAAGAUUUUGGGGAAUAUGGACAGCGGCACCGACGUGAGCCUCAGCGACGUCCUGAAGGACCUGGACCACGACUUUUCUCUUGAUUCGGACGCCUAUUUCAAGGCCUAUUGCGAGUCCACCGACCUGACGCUCGUGGAUAUCAGCAAGAGGCUGGAAACCGUCCAAUCGACGCUACGAGUGCACGACGACGACAUCAGCAAGACCCGCAGAGGCAUUGAGGAUGCCAAGCGGGACUUGCGCGAAGAGCUGCGACAGUUCACAACCAGAAACGAGCAAUGGAUCUACAACUGGAUUUCGGUUCUGUACGGCCUAUUCACGUCAGACAUCGCCCAGCUGCAGAUCCAGCUGCUCGGGUUGGACGACCUGGACUCGCUGCGCAAGCUGGAGGAGACAGGAGCGUAUCUGAAGGACGAGUGCGUUUUCAUUGAGAACUUUAUAUUUGAGUGCAAAAAACAGUGUUUCGGUCUGCUACGCGAGCUCAGUCUGCUGCUUUUCGAGUUCUAUUUGCUCAAGACCGAAUAUCUCAGCCAGGACCAGAUCCUCCAGGAAUGCGACACCCGCAUUGAAACCACUGUGGCAAGACUGUUUGAACUAUUCCAGACCAGCUUGCAGAACUCGUCCAUGAGCCACAAAGACUCACAGAACCUAUCCACCAUAAUUUGCAAGUUCCAGGAGAAGCUGGUGGCAGACCUCAAGCUCACGUGUUCCAACUUUAAUGUCAUUUUCAAGCAGAACAUCGAGGACUUCUUCAUCAUCUUCAAGACGCUCAAAGAGAUGGACGAGCGUCUUCCCAGCGACGAAGACUCGUCCGUGAUAAUAAACAACUGUCGUUCGCUUUCCGACGACGACGCAGACACCAGCAACAGCUCUGAUUCCUGGGGCCUGGACGACAGUUCCGCGUACAAGCCGCUGCGCUUGGUCGAGAAGAGGACAGUUUCGUGA